GAUUCCUAGACAGCACAGAUUGAGCUGCAUUGUAUCAAGGAAGGCGCCCGCUUGCGUCCCCAAUCAUGGCGGUCGACCCUAUCGACGUGGACGACUUUGCCUCGCAGCUUCUGUCUGACAACUCCUAUGAGCUCACAAUGGCAAUGCUGAAGGGUCCAGAAUUGCAAGAGGCGGAAGUCGCUGGCAGCACUUGGCCUCCGAGGCUCCUACAGGAAGUGGCCAUCUACGGACAGGGUUCUGUCCUCCAAAAGUUGAUCAGGCAGAUUCUAGCGGGAAAAGACAAAGCAGGCGCGGGGCCAGGGUAUGCAUUUGAUAUAGAGGGGGGGAACUCGUUGGGGUUUGCCGCCAUGGGUGCCCUGACUAUGGUGACAAUGAGCAGGCCGGCAGCGCAACUGUGCCUAGCGCUGCAUGAAGGGUUUGAGCAGCGGCUGUUCCAGAUGUUUCUGGAGAACGCAAUGUUGAUAAGAGCGUUACCCGAUUGGGACUCAGACCCGCUCAUGUACGCCUCCUUCGGUAUCGAGCUCGUUGCAAACCUGGCCCGCGUGUCGGCCGCGCUGCGUCAGAUAAUGCAAGGAAUUUCGAGGUUCGUCCCCCUUCUGGAGUAUCUCGUGUCGGUCGAGCAUGCCAAGAAAGCGCGCCCUGAGGCCGUCACGGGAAUACGGACGCAGGUUGCGAGGCUUAUGCUCGUCCUGUCGGUGUCGCCAGACUGUCAAGAGUGGUUCAGGGAGUCAGGGUUAGUGAGGGUUAUCACAACCAUCUGUGAAACCACCAAGCCAGGGGCAAAGGGGGAGGCAGUCAUGGCCUGUCUCGUGGCGCUGCUCAGAAUGUCGGAAAGUCCGGAAGGUCUUGCAAUCCUGAAGGCGCAGUCAGCCCUUAUGUCAAUCUUGAAGCGCCAAACCAAGAAAAUCAAUUCGCAGUGCCCCGAGCUCUGGAGGCCGCUCGAACGCAGGCUCUUCCAAGGCCAAGACAGAAGCAUUCCUGCCUUUGGGGCAGGAGAUAAGGAGAUCUGGAAGCUUGCGCGUAAGACGGGCUUCAAUGGCAUGGCAGUCACGUGUUCACUAUCAAACUGCACGACAAAGCAGGAAUAUGUGUCUGGGACAAAGUUCAGCAAGUGCGGGCGCUGCGGCGUUGCGCAUUACUGCAGCAAGGAGCAUCAGCUGCUUCAUUGGCGGACACACAAAAAGCAUUGCUUUAAGAAGGAGAAGAUUCCCGGGACUGAUAUCGGCUGAGAUUCCGCGCACAUUAGAUUAAAGCGAAGAUGGACCAUUUAAUGGAGGUUGGAAUCCGUCGGGAGAGAGUAGAGAUUUGCCAAAAGGUCUUCUUUUGGAGUCUCAUUCGAGUCAUGAGCUGAUUAUACAGGUCACUUGCUUCGCGAUCCUCCGUCGUAAAUUCUUUUGUCUGUUGCUUUGGCGCGAAGGUGCAGCGCGGCAGUUAGAAGGGAGUAACCUUUGAGUUCGUCAAAGUCGGAAUGCAAUUCGUCCAAUCGAACGAUCCAAGUACGCAGCCACCAGGCGCAUCAGGUCGAGCUAGUCCAAUGUAUGACUGCGUUUCAUGCAAUGAUGUCUUGAUGUACUACGAGGGU